UGAGGAUAAUGGUGUAAUUUUAAAAUUUAAAUAAAUUUAUUUGGAGAUAAAAAGGAAAAAAAAAUGAAUAUCACUCUUACAAGUUUGGAAGCACUGAUAUGUAAGUAUAUCCUAGUGCUUCAUAUUUUUCGAUCAUCAAACUUUUGUCAAUGGUUUCGACCAUUGUAAAUAAUCAAUUUGAUGUAAAUUUGCAUACAGUAAAGGCAACACAUGAGUCGUUGCCUUGUCCAGAUGCUGCAGCAUUAGAAGCGUUUUGUGCUGUGAUGCGAGAUGCUGCAGAUGGGCCACAAUAUGCAGCACAAGCGUUGGCUGCCAGAAUCCAUGCUCCGAAUGCACGGGAAGCACUACUGGCGCUUACGAUGCUGGACCGCUGCAUGCGACGUUGCGAUGCUAAUUUUCAUGCUGAAGUUGGCAAAUUUAGAUUUCUCAAUGAAAUGAUAAAACUUGUAUCUCCUAAAUACUUUGCCGAUAGAACAGCUCCUGAAGUACAGACAAGGGUAUUACAGCUUCUCCAUGCCUGGUCUAUUGAGUAUCCCAAAGAAGCUAAGUUUAAGGUGGCAUAUGAUAUGUUAAAAAACCAAGGAGUUGUGAAGGAGACCCCUCCACCCCUCCCUCCAGAAGAUUCCCCGCCAACUCCCCGAGUGCGAGCCAAAAGUGCUAUAUUUGAAGAUGAAGAGAAAUCAAAGUUAUUACAGAAGUUGUUGCAAAGUAAAAAGCCAGAAGACUUACAACAUGCUAACAGACUUAUAAAGACUAUGGUGCGAGAGGAAGAGCGUCGUAGUGAAGCGAACAGCCGGCGCGCACAAGAAGUGGGCGCCGCGUUGGAUAGCGCAGGAUUACUUCGCGAUAUGUUAGCGCACGCGCAAGACGCCUCCCCGGACGAAGAGCAACUCAUACACGAACUACACGCUAGUUGCGCGCGUCUACGACCACUGCUACAGCACCUCGCCGCUUCUGACGCACAAGCUGACAAUCUGAGUGACAUCCUCAAUGCAACCGAUGCAUUAGAUGAAGUAUGUGUACAAUAUUACAGUUUUAUGCAAGAUCGAUUAGUAAAGACAAAUACACCAGCAGUCCCGACAGAGAAUAACAAUCAUAGCCUCCUAGAUUUCGCUGGAGCUAACGUUAGGACUGGCGAUGGUGAUAAUCCAAAGAAUGAUGCAAAAAAUAAUGUGAUAGAUGAAUUGGGUGAUAUAUUUUCAACUGGAAGCAGUGCCAGUAAUAUUGCUGAACCAUUAAAGCCUGUUAACCUCAUGCAAAAUGAUGAUGUCGACCUCCUGGGAGAGAAAAAGAGUAAGACUGAAGGGUGGAAUGAAUUAGAUUCUCUAGGUGAACAAUUAUUAAAACAAUCUUUACCAGAAAAUGCAAAACAUAUUGAUGGCUUUAAUAGUAGAUCUACAAAGAAAAUACCUAUCAACGCAUUACAGAAACAGUCACCUAAUCACAAAACACAAUUACCUAACAGUGGGGCUGAGUUUGAUUUAGAUUUUUUCACCAAGAAACCUGAGGAAAAAAUAUUAACUCCACCAGCACAAACGUCACAAUCUGGGUCUCCUAUAGAUGAUGUUAUGGUUGAUAUUUCCGCUGAUGUUCCCAACACAUCAACAAUGAACACUACUAACAAUAAUGGUGGAAGCCCAUUGGAUGACAUAUUAGAUUUAGGAUUAGAUGUUAGCAACGCCAAAUGUGAUACAACAGAAGUUACUGUAGGAAAUAAGGAAAAUACUAUCAGUGACAGUGAAAAGAAAGAUAAUGUUAAGAACAAAGUCACUGAUGUGAAACCAUUGACUGAUAUAAAUGUAACCCUGCAAAGUGUGCAACCCAGCAAAGUACCCCCUUUGACUGUGUUUGAGGAAGAAAACGGCCUCACGGUCGUUUUGCAUUUCUGCAAAGAUAAGCCGCGGUUGGAUGUCAAUGUUAUUGUAAUAUCGACGACGAGCAAAAACCCCUUGCCCAUAGAGGAUUAUAAAUUUCAAGGUGUUGUUCCAAAGGGUUGCAAGAUUCGCCUGCUGACCCCGUCUGGCACGGGUUUGCCAGCUUUCAACCCGUUCUUACCACCACCCGCACUCACACAGGUAAUGUUGAUCGGGCGACCGGCACGCGAGGCUGUAUGCCUGCGAUUCGUGGUCACGUACACGUGCGACAACGACACCUGCUCCGAAAUGGGCGAAGUUGCCCGAUUGCCUCUCGACGACGUAGAUUAGUAGAUAUUAAGUACUCGGCUUCGACUUAUGUACGUUGACUGUGAUAGUUUACGUGAUCUCGCAUUAACUGCUUUUUGAUGUGUAACAUCUCUUCCUCUCGCUGUCCUGCAAUUUGUGGGAGUGAUUUCAUGAAAUGGGACGGAAGUUUGUAACGGGAAGUCGCGAAAGCGCGCGCUAUUUGAUUUGACUUUAGAACAAUGUUCAAAUGGCUUAUUCCUUUUGUAGUAGGUUUUAUUUACUUUUUUACUUAUAUAAGGUGAGGUUUCAAAUGUUACACAUCAUACGCGACUACUGUAAAGCUCGCUCGUUUUUUUAUACCAUGCUUGGAGAGAUGAAAAUUGCAUCGUGAAGUUCGUCGUUCGCUAUCGGGUUUUGCUAGCAUUUUACUUGGCUAUUCGUAUUAGCUAUGUAUAAACUUGACAACGGUCUGUCUUUAUCAUGUUUUAUAAGAAAUGAAAAGGACAGGCCGAUGUCAAGUUUAUAAAUAGCAAGCACGAGUAGCCAAGUUCAGUGCCGGCAUUACGCGAUGGACUAUCAAUAGACUUUUCUCGAAAAAAUUAACUUGAAGCUCCCGUUGAUAUCGUAAACUGAUAGCUUGAGCGAGCUCACGUAAACUAUCAUAGUUUUCGUAACUUCAAACUCGUACUAAACGUACAAAUGGUCCUCGAUUCUCUAUUGACGACAAAGCACCCCUGUUAGAGACCGCAUACAAGGGCACCCGCUUGCACCAAGCUUAUACAGUAAUACUACAUAAGCUUGUGACACGGCCUCAUCUGACGUGGCCAAUCAAAACGUGACUUACACUCCCCGCACGCCAUCAACGUUGGCAAUUUCGAUUUCAAUAAAAAAAAAUGUCAUGCGGACUCUAGUCGGGUUGUUCACUGUGAUUGAUGAUGAUUUGUUACAGUUCGGGACUUUUUUUACUGUUUGUGAAAUGUCGUUGCCUCUAAAAUACAGAGAAAUCAAAAAAAUACGUAUUGCAUAAUAUUUUUUACUAGUCGUUUGCUAAAAAACUGAGAAUAGUAUUCUAAAUUUAUUGUUUUUGUUAUUAUACGUUUAGUUAGUGACCCGCCCUCGCUACGUUUCAAUGUAUAACUUUUGUUCUCAGACAUGUAUUAAUGAUAUAUAGAAACUACAUGUUUUGCAUUACUCAUAUUUAUGAAUUAAAGUUAAACCCGCAUGAAAAUACGUCGAGUAGUUUUAGUGACUAUGACUAAAACGCGGCGGGGCACGAUAUUUUCUAAUUAUGUAAGAAUGAUCUAAUUUUCUCUCUAAAAAGUCUAUUGCGAAUGGGGUGAUGUAUUUUUAUUGCAUUUGUACUUAGUUUUUUUUAUGGCUAAAGACAAACUAAAAUGCUUUGGCGUAUGACGUCAGGUUUGAACCUAUUGGUGAUGUAACCGGCAGAGGAGAAAAGCUUUUCCACUCUAUAGCAGGGGAGCCCAACGCUGGGUUUUUUGUAUUAACUCGAGCGCAUAGAAUAAUACUACCAUUGUGUACAGCAUCAAAUCGACAAAAAUGCUGAAUUAUAUUUGGUUCACGACAUCAAUCACAAUAUCAACUCUAUAGAGAGUCCUUCUUAUGAAUUCUUAACGCGAGGCAAUUUAAGCUUAUUAACCUCCACCUUACACAGGGAAUUAACACUACCUAAUUAGUGCUAUUGUGUUCCCAUUGCUGAGUAAGAUUAACAAAGUAGGUAGAGUACUUGACCGUUAAAAUGCCAGCCAAAAUUAAUAAAACUAUGUGGACUCUGUUUGCUUUAUUUACGGAGAAUUUAUUCAAUUAAGCGGUAAAAAAAAUAGUUGAUCCUGUAUUACGAGACUUAUAGGUAGACCGCUUAACUGAGUCCUCGCCUUCGGGGUAAAGGGUGUGGGGGCGGACGAAAACGGGGGCCGUGAAAGAUGCGGGUGGCAGGCACAUUCUUGUCAAAAUUACAAGUACCCGCCGCCCGCACCUCUCACGGCCCGCCCCCUUUCUCGUCCUCCUCAACAUAAUUACUCACAUUCUAUUUGCUGAUGCUAUAGUCGUUAAAACAUAUACUUUGGAGGAUUUCAAUGUGGGGACGGACAAAAAUGGGAGCCGUGAGAGGUGCGGCCUGCAGGCACAUUCUUGUCAAAAUUCAAGUGCCCGCUGCCCGCACCUCUCACGGUCCCGUUCCCGUCCUCCCCCCACACCCAGUACCCCGCAGACGAGAUCUCAGUUAAGCGGUUUACCUAUAAGUAACUAAGUUAAGCCUAUGAAGCUUAAUUUUAACUUCAUAUUCUAAGUCAGGAUAAAACAUGGGCUUCAAAUGAGGAUAUACUAAAUUUCUAUGUUACUUUUAUUUAUUUCACUGCCAGCAGCACUGAGUGUCAGAAAACUAAAUAUAAUAUCAAGUAUAAUGUAUUCUUCUUCGUUAUAGACCUAAUGCUUAUUUUAAUGGCUACGUUGCAUAUACCUAAAAUUGAUAACUAAACGAACUUGCUAAAGCGAAGUUCAACAUAGGCAACGUGUGAUUGAUACUUUGAUAUCUCAAGUAUCAAGUACAUAAUAUGGCCUCUGUGCUGCUAGUCUCUUCAAUAUGGUGACCGUGAAAAAGAGGUUCAAACUUCUCUUCCACCUAGUACUAAAUGAGUCUCUUUGUUCUGACGUGGCCACGACUGCCCUACAAAUAUCGCUCUUAUUUUCAUUAGCUUAAGGCGUUUUAAAUGUCACAAUGUAUACACCAAUAAUCCGUAAAAAAUAAUAUUUCAGUAUUGGGAUGUACAAACUAGUAUUACAUGGCAAUGUUGGAGAUAUCUUGACGCUCGCACUUAUUUGGCUAUUCGUAUUUGCUAUUUGUAAACUUGUCAACGGUCUGUUCUUAUCAUGCUUUAUAAGGAAUGAAAAGGACAGAGUGAUGUCAAGUUUACAAAUAGCAAACACGAAUAACUAAGUGAAGUGCUGGCAUGAUAAUUAGAAAGAAAACUCGUAUUUUUUGUCGAUCAAACAUUUAAAUUAAUUUUAAAACGUACUGAUUAUGCCUAACGAUAAGUAAUUAUAUGAUUAUUAUCAGCCUAUUAUUGGUAUGUCCUGGAACUUCCCUUCUCUUGAAGAACUUGUUUGAAAUGGAACCUAACGAUGAGUAAUUAUAUGAUUAUUAUCAGCCUAUUAUUGGUAUGUCCUGGAACUUCCCUUCUCUUGAAGAACCUGUUUGAAAUGGAAAUGCGUGUGAAUUAUUGAGCAUCUUUACCGUCACCGAGUAUUUCACACUACUUGAAAGAGUUUAAAUAUAUUAUGAACUGAUUAACCGCUUCCAGUUACCAUGGGUAGGUACUUAUUUAUGUAUAACAUCAGUGGAAAUCACAAAGUUUUAGAUAGACUUUAUAGGUAAGAUAUUAUCUUCUAUGAAUUGAGCAGUGUAUUAUAAAAAUAUAAUACCAAGAAAGAGACCCGUUUAUUAAAAUUAUUAAAUAGCUAAUGCUUUAUUGAAAUUGAUAUACUUAAUUGUAUUAGUGAGAGUUUUGUAUAAUUUGUUCUAGUCGAGGCGAUCUUUAUAUUGGACAUAUAUCAAUGCAUUUAUUACAUUCCAAAAUAAUACUUAUAUGUGUAUAUAAUUAAGAGUUGAUUUUAUUACAAAUAAUAUUUUACUUUUUUAUAUUUAAAAAAAUAUUUGACAGUAUGUUGAUUUAGUAUAUAUAUUUUUAGAAUAAAAAGUAGUUGUGAAGAAAAAAAAUAUGGUUAUUUAUUAUAUGUUGUGUUGUGCGAAUGCAGGCUACAAUGGAAACAUGCAAUAUUGUUUUUUUUUUGUCUCGCUGUAAAGUUAAGUAUAUAUCUAGUAAUAAUACGUAUUAUUAAAUGACAGAAUAAAUAAAUUAAUUAUAACGUCAUACAUUGCAGUUUCACUCUCCCACCUUAUAAUUUAAUAUAGUUUAGUUCAAAAAGAAUUUUUAUUCAUUAGUCGUGCCGUCUGAAC